CCCCUCUCGGAGGCCCUCAGCAGGAUGAUGGGAGGGCUGAGCCUGGAUGGAGGCAGGCUUGGUGCUGCUAGUCCACAGUCAGAACCUGGGACGGGCACCGCCGACCUCAGACAGGUGUCGGCGCGGCUCUCUCCAGAACAGGCAGCUGCCUUCCUGGCUCUGACCACAAUGAAGGGGCGGAGCUUCGAUGUUGAUGAUGUCAUGGAGGCAGUCCAGCACAGCCCAAAUCUACCAGCCGCGCUGAAGUUCCUGACACACACCUGUCCAAUCUGCCGUGAACAGGUGUCCUUCAGCAAGAUGAUCACCAUGACUCACUGCUCUUGCUUCCUGUGCCAGAGCUGCUUCACCUCUUCUUUCUCCGUCGCCAUCAGGGAGCGCAGCGUGGACCAGCUCACCUGUCCGCAGUGCGGCAAACCGGAUCUCAGAGGUCAGAAGGUGCAGGAGGAGUCCAUGGACUACUUUAACCUGCUGGACACACAGAUUCGUCACUUCUUGCCUCCCGACAUCCACGAACUCUUUCAGAGGAAACUCCGAGACCGAGCCCUGCAGGACAUGCCCAGUUUUUGUUGGUGUGCUCAUUGUUCCUCUGGGGUGCUUCAUGAAUCAGACAGGUUGAGGAUGGACUGUCCCAGCUGCAGGAAGAGCACCUGUUCCCAGUGCAGAUCACCAUGGUCAACUCACCAUCAGGGACGGUCCUGUGAUGAGUUUAAGGUGUGGCAGCAGCAGAACCAGCAGGAUGAUCAUCCACCUUCCAUGCUCCAAAACCUUAUCGAAUGUCCCAGCUGUCAGUUUGUCUUCAGCCUGUCAAAGGGAGGAUGUCUUCACUUCACCUGCACCCAGUGUCGCCAUCAGUUCUGUGGCGGCUGCAGACAGCGCUUUUCUCUGGGUUCUGAAUGCAGCUUCUCUGCUCAGUGUGGCUCCAAAGGUCUUCAUGCCCACCACCCCAGGAACUGCCUGUACCACCUUAGAGACUGGAGCGUGAGCCGUCUGCACCAGCUUCUGCAGUAUCACAGAGUAUCUCCUUCCUGGUGGAGACCAUCCCAUGGCAGCUUGACUCCAUCCAGUAUGACAGCAUGUCCGAUGUUAGAGCUACGAGACAACAGCUUUGGGACUAAGGAAGAACCAUGUGGACGACCGGCGCUGUCUGAGUUCGGAGGAUACUGCCAGGGUCACUAUAAAGAGCGACUGGUGGAGCUGAUCAACCAUUGGCGUGUCGACCCAGCAGUCCUUUUCAGUCCUGCAGAGAUGAUUGCAGAACUACAGCGAUGGAACAUUGCCGUGCCAACAAGGAAGCUUGAAGAGCCAGAGCCAGUUUAUGCCCACCGCCUGCGGCUGGAAACACACUCGUAUCUUCCUGAAACCACACCUGAACCUUCCACGAUCCACACCUGGACCAUCCUGAAACCACACCUGAACCCUCCAUGAUUCACACCUGGACCAUCCUGAAACCACAUCUGAGCUAGGGCUGCAACAACGAAUUGAUAAAAUCGAUAAAAAUCGACUUUUAAAAGCGUUGGCAACAAAUUUCAUCAUCGAUUAGUUGUGUCGCGCGAUUAAUGCGUCAUCUGCCG